GGCGGGGGCGGAGCUGGGCCUGGCGGCAGUGGUGGCAGGCUGACACCGUGCCCUCUGGCAGCAGGCAGAGAUUGUAUCUGGAGGGAGUUCUCCCCUGAGCCGACGCUCCAACUGGUGUUGGUCUCAUGCAGACCUGUUCUGCCAGGUCAUCCCCUGCGAGGGCUGCAGUGCUGUGCGUUGACCUUUGACUGCUCCCCGUGUCCCGUGCUGGUGGCAUGUGAGUGCCUGGUCUACCAAGAAGCCAACGCACUGUUUGGAGAGCUUUCCAGGGACACGGGUUUCAUUUGAGUCAGUUGCAACUCUUCAACGUGAGUCGAUGCCAGGAGCCUCUGAAAUUAAACUUGUUACAGGCGUCAUGUGAGGAUCUGAGCCAGUAGCUGUGUCGCCCUGGAAGGAACGGUAAUAGCUCCACAUACAGUAGGCUCCUGCAAGUGCCAGCUCCCUCAGUUUCCUCCAAUGCAGGCUCAGAGAUGGACUUCAUCUUGUCCCUGUGAGGAGAUUCUGCAUACGCUCAGCAGCCUGAGACGAAUUCUACUGCCAUUGUCUUCAGAAGCUGCUCCUCAGCAGGAUUUGCUCAGCAGCGCCGUGGGAGAGCCUGUAUUCACACAGUUGUUCCAGGACAGUACUCUCUGCAAACCCAUGGAGGAACCUGCCUGCACACUCCAUCUUCUUUGAGCUCCUUAACGUGCACUGUUUGAACUGUUUGGGACUCCUGGCAGUAUUUGCUUGUUUUCCCAACCUCUCUCCCAGAUACUGUUCGUUCCCUCUCUCACAGAGCCCAAAAAGGAUGUGAACUUUGGAAUGGGGUCUGUGAGCAACAGCGGACUCAGUGCAUUUGUGAGACUAUUACUGAAUAAUAGGAGAACUGUUUAACUGCUGCAGGCAGCCUUCCUGUUUGGCUGCAGGGUCGCAGGGCACCAGCCUUGCUUGGGCCCUUCAUCAUGUUCCUCCUGCUCCCCUUUGACAGCCUAGUUGUCAAUCUCUUGGGAAUCUCCAUAACUGUCCUCUUCACUCUACUCCUGGUUUUCAUCAUUGUGCCAGCAAUUUUUGGAGUCUCCUUUGGCAUCCGCAAGGUUUACAUGAAGACAUUAUUGAAGAUUUUUCAGUGGGCAACACUGAGAAUAGAGCGUGGUGCCAAGGAGAAGAACCAUCCACUAUACAAGCCCUAUGUCAAUGGUAUCAUUGCAAAGGAGCCAACAUCACUGGAAGAGGAGAUCAAAGAGAUCCGUCGGAGUGGCAGUGGCAAAGCCCUGGACGCCCCUGAGUUUGAGCUCUCAGAUAUCUUCUAUUUCUGCCGCAAAGGCAUCGAGACCAUCAUGGAUGAUGAAGUGACCAAGAGGUUCUCAGCUGAAGAGCUGGAGUCCUGGAACCUGCUCAGCAGGACCAACUACAACUUCCACUACAUCAGUCUGCGCCUCACUGUACUCUGGGGACUGGGUGUUCUCAUCCGCUACUGCUUCCUUCUGCCCCUCAGGAUAGCCCUGGCGUUCACUGGCAUCAGCUUGUUGGUGACUGGUACUACAGUGGUGGGAUAUUUGCCAAAUGGAAGGUGUAAAGAGUUCCUCAGCAAACACGUUCACCUGAUGUGUUACCGGAUCUGCGUGCGUGCCCUCACGGCCAUCAUCACCUACCAUGACCGAGAAAACAGACCCCGAAAUGGAGGCAUUUGCGUGGCCAAUCACACAUCCCCCAUUGACGUGAUCAUCCUGGCCAGUGAUGGCUACUAUGCAAUGGUGGGUCAAGUCCAUGGAGGGCUCAUGGGUGUGAUACAGAGAGCCAUGGUGAAAGCUUGCCCCCACGUCUGGUUUGAACGUUCGGAGGUCAAAGAUCGUCACCUCGUUGCCAAAAGGCUCACAGAGCACGUCCAGGACAAGAGCAAACUGCCUAUUCUUAUCUUUCCGGAAGGAACCUGCAUCAACAACACAUCUGUGAUGAUGUUCAAAAAGGGGAGCUUUGAAAUUGGAGCCACAGUUUACCCUGUAGCCAUCAAGUAUGAUCCACAGUUUGGAGAUGCCUUUUGGAACAGCAGCAAGUAUGGCAUGGUAACCUACCUCCUUAGGAUGAUGACCAGCUGGGCCAUUGUCUGCAGUGUGUGGUAUUUGCCCCCAAUGACCAGACAGUGUGAUGAGGAUGCUGUCCAGUUUGCCAAUCGAGUGAAGUCAGCUAUUGCCAGGCAGGGAGGCCUUGUGGAUCUGCUCUGGGAUGGAGGUCUAAAGAGGGAGAAGGUGAAAGAUACAUUCAAGGAGGAGCAACAGAAACUUUACAGCAAAAUGAUUGUAGGCAACCAUGAAGACCGGAGCCGCUCCUGAGUCCUCUGUCUCCAGCACUGUUACCUGGCCAGAGCUCUCUGCCUCCAAUGUGAGCCAGGUCUUGUCUGAAGCAGCUCCAUUUCUUUGGACUUUGGCUACUCCGGAGCUGUUUGGACUUACUCCUUCAUCUCCUGGCUCUUCUUUCUUGAAGGCGCUAUUACUGCCUAGAGUCUUCAGGCCCUGGGCAACUCUUGGCACAGAUGCCUUCUUGUUACUGUUACAGUGAAGCCCCUUGCAGGGGCAAUAUUAAAUGAAACACUUCUGGUGUCA